AUGGGUGUGCAAGAGGACCUCAACACCCUCAAGAAACAGAGGGGAAUUGCUAAAGGAAAGUUCACCAGGAAGGUAACUCUAUGUAAAGAAGGAAUAGACAGAGGUGAUGAUCUAUUAGUGUUGAAGACUAACUAUGAGGAAGUAAUAGAAGCAUUUAAGUGUUUAGAGUGUAAGAAUGAUGAACUGAUACAAUUUAUAUCUGAUAAUGAGGAUAAAUUAGAAAAUAAAAACCUGGGAGAAGAGGCUGAACAAUAUAUUUUAGAUAGUGAAAGAUUAAAGAAUGAACUGUGUGCUAAGAUAUUCAUGACAAAGAGUGAGGAGAAGGCAACAGACAAACCAAAGGUUAAGGUAAAGAGAUUUGAACCUCCCAAGUUUGAAGGUAAUUUAAGAGAAUAUCCUACAUUUAAAGAGGAUUAUAAGAACUUGGUUCAGAGUGAAUAUGGUACUGAUCCAUAUGCACUCAAAAUGUGUUUAGGUGGGGAGGCACUCCAGACAGUAAAGGGCUCGGAAGGUAAUUACAAUGAAAUGUUUAAGCGGUUGGAUGACAAAUUUGGUAACCCAAGGAAAAUUGUAGACUUGGUGAUAAGUGAUCUCAAAUCUCUGAGGAAGAUAUCAGAUGGUGAUACUAAAGGGUUUAUUAAAAUGGUUGAUCAGGUUGAACAAUGUUGGUUAGAUUUAAAAAGGGUAAAUCUAUCUGAUGAACUCAACACAGCUAAUGUUGUUAGCCAUAUUGAGAAAAUUCUGCCUUCACUACAAAAGAGAGAAUGGGUAAUUAAAGCAAGUGAUAUCUCGGUCACUGGUGAAUUGUUUUCUGAGCUGUUGGGUUUCUUGCAGAAAGAAAGGAAGGUUUUAGAGUACAUGAAUUCAAAUGUAAGAACUAGUACUAGUGAUUGUAGAGCAACAGUACAUCAUGUUGAAAAUGUGGUCGAAAACAAUUUGGAGUCAGAGUUGGUUAAGCUGAUGAGAAAAUUGAAUGAAGAACAACAGAGCAAGAAUAGAGAAUUUGAGUCAUGCAUUGUAAAGUUGAAUGAAAUGAUAAAGGGUAUUAAAUACAAGGAGAACAAUAUAAGUAUAGGUUGUUUAUUACACAAUUCAGAGAGUCAUGAUAUAACAAAUUGUUUCAAGUUCAAGGACUGUAAUAGCAAAGAGAGAUUUGAUGUGAUUAAGAGGAAUGGUAUAUGUUUUAGGUGUUUAAAGGGAUAUCAUUCAGCACGUGGGUGUAAAGUAGGCAAAUUGUGUGAUGUUGUCAUUGAAGGACAAGGACCAUGUAAUCGGAAUCAUCAUCCACUUUUGCAUCAAGACAGAAUAGAAAGCAGUUCUCACAAUGCAGUAAUGGAGAAGAGAGGCAAAGCUUUGUUGAAUAUUAGUACGGUGCAUAGUAAAAAUCUGCCCAUCACUAUAUUGUGGGAUCCGGGUUCAGAUACUUCUUUAAUUACUCAUAGGAUGGCCAAGAAGUUAGGAUUGAGUGGAAAGGAUGUAAAUUUAUCUCUGGUCAAGGUAGGCAACACGAUUGAAUAUCAAUCAAGUAAAACAUACUGUGUACCAUUAACUGAUAAGAAUGGUAAAGUUUGGAAUGUGGAUGCUGUCGGUAUGAAUGAAAUAUCUUCCAAAAUCAAAAGGAUUGAUUUAUCCAGAUUACCUGAACUUUUUGUAAGAAUCUCGAACGUAGAGGUGGAUCUCCCAUAUGGGGAAAUUGAUAUGCUCAUCGGUACAGAUUGUUGUGAAAUACUGCCAAGGGUUGUUGAAGACAAUAAGGGCAUUCAGUUACUGGAAAAUCAAUUUGGGUUCAGCAUUCGAGGUAGACAUGACAAGAUUACCAAUGGAUCUAACACCAGCAAUCAUAUACUUGUGAGAACUCAUAAACUGUCUAGUCUCGUAGAUUUGAAGGAAAGUAACAUAGAGUCAACAGAUAGCUUAAAGACUAAAUUGGAUAAAUUCUUUGCCAUGGAGGAAAUGGGAACAAAAUACAAUAUUAAAGUAGCUAAUGCUAGAUUAAAAACUACAGAGAAUAGAUUGAAGAAACUGGGCAAUGAAUAUGCCAUGAAGUAUCAGAGAGAGAUAGAAGAUAUGAUUCAUAGGGGAGUGGCGAGGAAAUUAACUAAGGAAGAGAUACGAGAAUAUAAGGGGCCAGAUAUCCUGAACAGCUUACUGGGAGUUUUAUUUAGGUUUAGACAGAAAAAUAUAGCUAUAGCAGGCAACAUAGCUAAAAUGUACCAUACUGUCAAGCUCAGCACAGUGGAUGAACAUACACACAGAUUUGUAUGGAGGGAUUUGGAUGACAAGAAACCACCUGAUCAGUAUGCUCUUACCACAGUAACGUUUGGAGAUAAGCCUAGUGGUACCAUAGCUACGCUAGCGUUGAGACACACUGUAGAGAAAUUUGACAAGGAAUAUCCAGAUGUGCAAGAUAUGAUUAUUAAUAAUACUUAUGUUGAUGACAUACUAUAUUCCACUGAUACCGUUGAGAAUGCAUUCAAGUUAAUACAGGAUGCGGAGAAGAUAUUGUCUCAGGGAAGUUUCAGAGUUAAACAUUGGAUUGUCAGUGGGCAUUAUGAAAGCUGCAAGGUCAAUGUGAUAAAAUCUGACCAUGAGAAGAUCUUAGGAUUGAAAUGGAACCCGUUGGAGGAUCAUUUUUUCUUUACGGUAAAACUUAAAUUUUCUUCAAGAAUAAGAAAGGUCAGAAGUGGUCCAAAUUUAAAUUCAGAUGAAAUUGAUGAUAAAUUUCCAGAACAUUUAACACGCAGAAUGCUAUUGAGUCAAAUUGCAUCCAUAUAUGAUCCAUUAGGGUUUGCUGUACCAGUAUUGCUCAAAGCUAAAAUUUUGAUGAGACUCGUGAUUUCCAAAGGUGAAUCGAAAGAUGGCGGAAUCAAGUGGGAUGAUACACUUGAUGUUUCCACGGUUAAGGAAUAUAAGAUGUUUUUUAAGGAAUUGUAUGAGUUAGAGAGAUUGACUUUUAGAAGAUCCUUGAUACCAUCCAAUGUAGUUGGUAAACCAAGUUUAAUAAUAUUUUCGGAUGGUAGCAUGCAAGCAUACGGAGCUUGUGCAUAUGUGAGGUGGCAAAUUGGUGAAGAUGAAUUUGAGUCACAUCUGAUAGCAGCUAGAAAUAAGAUUGCACCAAUAAAGCAAAUGUCAAUUCCUAGGUUAGAACUAUGUGCAGCUCUUAUGGCUGCUAGAUUAAGAGAAUCUAUAUUAAAGGAGUUUACAUGGAAGUUUGAGGGAAUUUACCACAUAGUUAACUCAUCAAUUGUAAGAUCACAAAUCCAAAAGGAUGAGUUAACUGACAGAAUUGGUAUUAUCAUGACGGUUAAUAAUGCAAGUCAUGAGAAUGGUGAUAUACAAUUAAUUGAUGUUAAUAGGUAUAGUGACUAUUACAAAUUGUUGAGAGUUACAUGUAGGGUAAUGAAUGUAUUCAAAUACAAGUCUUUCAAAGGUAUUCUAAGAAGCCCCACAGUUCAAGGGAUUACAGAUGCAGACAUAUUAUGGGUCAAAGAAGUGCAAAAGAGCAUGACUGAUUGGGAAACAAGGUUCAAAAGAUUGGGACCAUCAAUUGAAAGGGGAGUUAUAGUAGUAGGACAACAAAUUUCUAAGUGGUUGAAAGACAAUUGGAAUCAAGAAAAUUUCAUGUUAAUACCGAAUAAACAUCCUGUUACUAGAUUGUACAUAUCCUGUCUACAUAAAGUGGAUCAUGCAGGUAUAGAGACUACAUUGUGUAAGAUACAGAGGAAAUUUUGGAUUCCGGGAGCUAGAAAAUUAAUAAGAACCAUAAAAAAUAAAUGUGUAACAUGUAGAAAAUUAAGUAAGAAAGUGGAAGAUCAAUGCAUGGGUCAAGUGAGGGCAGAAAGGAUGAGACCUGCUCCACCAUUAUAUCAUACAGCAGUAGAUUUGUUUGGGCCCUUGACAAUAAGAGAUGUUGUUCUAGUGCAAGAUAGCAAUAUUGUAAGGAGAACAUGGAAGCUGGCUCAAGUAAUUGGGGCUGACCCAGGACGAAAUGGAAUAGUUCGUGAAGUUAAUUUAAGAUAUAAAAUAAUAAAGGAUGGCAAAGGGCAUGAUGGUGAGGCGGAUAAGAUCAUGUGUAGAUCAGUACAUAGAUUAGUGAUGCUGUUGCCUAUAGAAGAACAAGUUUAG